AAACAGAGGUGGUUCAGACUGAAAGGAAACCUCCUCUUCUAUUUCAAGUCGUGUGGAGAGCCGGCGGGGGUGAUUGUUCUAGAGAGAUGUCGUGUUGAGAGAAUUCAUCACGAAACACGGCCUUAUUCCUUCGUCCUCGCAUUUGAGAAUGAUGACUCCAGGACAUAUGUCCUCAGUGCCUUCUCACAGCCUGAGCUAGACUCCUGGAUACUUGCCGUCCGCAUGUCAAGCUAUGAGGGUCUAAAGGCCAUGUACUAUGAACUCACCAACAAGAUUAACACCCUCACUGGAAAGUACUCACAAAAAACGAAGUCUCCAAUGGCUACAAAAUAGAAGGCCUUGGUAGUGAUGCAGCUACUAGUAUCAACAGCAUGGCAUGCCUCUCUCUCUGUGAGGACAGCUACAGAUCUUGGAGAAAGCUGGCCAUUUCCAGCUACUGUGAAUAGGCUGGCGCCCAAUAUGCUGGCAUAAUUUUUGGAAUAAUAGGGGCUGCCCAGAAAAAGCAUAAUUCUGGGAAUAAUAGGUCGGAAUUGCAAUGUGUAGGCGUUUGCGCGAUCUUCUGCCGGAGCUUCUGCCCUUCCGCGGUUUUGCGUAAAGAUGGAGAACUUACCCUGGAUAUCUUCACUGCAAAAAGAGCGAAAAUGAAGCGCAUCACUCCACGGGAAGGCUAGAGACAACAAAACCGCGCGAACAAAAGUGCAGACUCGGCAAUUUUCCUCGUUCUACACGCCCCCCUUUUUACGCAAGGGUUUAGCGCAUGCCAGCUCGAAGGGAAUAAUAGGGGCAGCGAGGAGGAAUAAUAGGAAAGAUUUACGAGAAUUGCGGAAUAGAAUAAUGGGUAAAAAAGUUAGCAUAAUGGCCUCAACCCUAACUGUGAGCAGCUGAGUCUCAUGCAGAGACUGAGACAUGAAGUGGUGCUACUCCACGACAAGCUGGAGAGUCGAGAGGCUGAGAUUGAGAUGCUAAGACAACAGUUGGAGGAAGCCAAGAGAGAAAAAUCAGUCGUAGAAUUAGAGUUUUCUAACUAUCGCAAACACACCCAGAAGCUGUUGUGUGAGGCCGCAGUAGACAAGACGGAGCAGUGGCUGGAAUCAUCAUCAAACUGAUUAUCAUAAUAAUGUCCUAUAUACUUAGUACUAUGCUAGCUUCAUCUCUGGUCAAUGGUUCUUUGCCUUGAAAUCAAAGUACACCGCUAUGUUAGCAGAGGACUAGCAAUAUAGCUGGUAUAUAGAGUCACUUUGUCAGGUGUGUCUGCCUCAAAGAUAA